AUGCCGACGUCAUUCACCGGCAUAAUCACCCAAGCAGCACGCCAUGAAGAGCGCGGCGCCUUCAUUUACCGCAGCGAAGCCCGCGGCGACGAAAACGGCACCGUGCUGUUCAUCGGCGCGGCCACCACCAUCAUCGAGUGGCGCGGCUCCCGCAUCCUGACCGACCCCAACUUCCUCCCCGCCGGCGACCAUGUCCACCUCGGGCCUGGCGCAGACGCCGCGCGCCGCGCCGAUCCCGCCGACCACUUUGACAAGCUGGUCGAGAACUCGCUCAGCCGCGCGUUCCCCAUCAUCUCCACGUCCCACGGGGCGCGGUGCCUGGCCUCGCCAGACGCCAAGAGCGACCCGUUCUGCAACGUCGCCGGCCUGCAUGUCUUUGAGAGCGCGCUCCUCGACGUCGGCUGCGGGGACCCGGCCCGUCCUCGGGGCAUCAAGGUGACGGCCAUGCCUGGCAAGCACGUUCCGCCGGGGCCGCUGUCCGCCGGGAACGAUUUCCUCCCGGCGUUGCCCCCGACAAGCGGCUGGCUCGUCGAGCUCGGCCACCCCCACCCUUCGGCCGAUGCGGCGGGCGGCGAGGGAGGCGGGGAUGCAGGCUACAGGAUCUACAUCUCGGGCGAUACGCUGCUCGUCGACGAGCCGAAGGAAAUACCCGAGAGGCUCGGAGGGCAAAGGCUGGACCUGAUGCUUGUCCAUCUCGGGGGCACGACGAUCCCGGGCGCCUCUCUGCCACUGGUGAUGGUGACGAUGGAUGCCAAGCAGGGGGUGCAGUUGAUGCAGUUGAUGCAGUUGAUGCAGUUGAUGCGUCCGGACGUGACCAUUCCGGUCCGUUUUGACGAUUACGACGUCUUCGCCUCUUCCCUCGACGAGUUCAAAGCAGAGGUCGAGGCCGCGCAGCUGCAGGACCGGGUGAGGUACUUGGAUAGUGGGGAGGCAUACAGGUUCACUGUAAUGCGUGGUCAGGUGCAGGUCAAGAAUGGGUCCGGAUCAGGGUAG